AUGGCAGAGGUCUCAAGUAACGACCGAGCCCAAAGCCCUGGAAAGCUAGUACAGCAGCUUGUAGCAGAUACAGCCGCUGCUAUGGCUGCAUCGCUUGGCGUUGCGCCCUUCAUCACCAUCGUGGACCGCGCUAUCAUCGAGAACGCUAGCGGUGCCCGUCCGCUUGGUCGUGGCAUGAAGGAGCUUAGUAUCGAAUUUCUUAAGAACCCGCUACGCUUUGUUGGCAAGCGUGAAUUUCACCUCAUCUUUGGCCUCUACACAGCUACUUACAUGGCUGCCAACGCCGUUGAUUCCGUAUGCGAGUACAUUGAAACGGACAAUCAGAUGCCCAAGUUCAUUGGCACUACAGCCGUGAAUAUGUCGAUCUGCAUUGCCAAAGAUCGCGCCUUUGCGCGUAUGUUUGGCGUCAUUGCGCCUGCAGCCUUCCCAUUGACUUCCAUCGGUCUAUUCGCUCUACGUGACUCCAUGACCUGUGCGGCGUCGUUCAAUGCCCCCAAGGUACUGGCCAAGAAAUUUGAAGACAAGAAUCUUAUGGAAAAGUCCAGCGCCGGCACUUUUGCACAACUCAUUUGUCCCGCAGCCGUGCAGUUCUUUUCCACGCCACUGCAUCUGCUGGGACUUGACCUCUACAACAACAAAAGCCACGUCAUGACCCAGCGCGUGACAUUUGUCAAGCGCGAAUAUGUGAAGUCGGUCCUUGCUCGUAUCGGUCGAAUUGGACCUGCCUUUGGUAUCGGCGGUGUGGGCAACACUUACUUCCGCAAUACACUUCGUGCGAAGCUGGACUAG